AUGGAAGACAAUAAAUAUAAACCCACAACUUCGACCACUACAACUAAUAAUAGUAGUAGUGGUAGCCUUCAUGAGUUAACAUUAUUCGAAUCAUUUACAAUGGGACAAAAACAUUUCAUCGAACUUGAUAAUAGUUCAAUGUCAACAAGUGACCCAGAAUUCCAAAAACAAGCAAAACAAGCCAUUGCCCAUUUCAUCACCUCCUCAAUGAAUGCAACUAAACAACAAAUUUUUUCAAAGAAUGAAGAUUUAGAGGAUAUUAGAACUGAUUUAUUAAAGUAUCUAUUAAUCCCAUAUUAUUUAGCAGAAUUAUAUCUUAAAAUUACAGGUGCAGAUAGAUUAAAAUUUUUAAAAACAUCAAAGCAAAAAAUUCAAAUGUUUUUAGAGGAUUGUGAAAGAUUAGAGUUAAUUGAUAAAGAAGAUUUAGAAAUUAUUAAUAGAGAUGGAAAAGCAGAUCCGGUUAAUAGAAGAAAUGAAUUAAUAAGUAGAAAUAGAAGAAAUAAAGAGAUUAAAACUAAAUUGGAAUAUUGUAUAAAGAAAAGAGAGGAAUUAUUAAAAAACUCUGGUAGUGGUGGUGAAAUUGAAGAGUCAGAUACAGGUGAUGAAGAAUUAGAUAGAGAUUUUUCAAUUUUAUUAAUUAAAGAGGGUGUUUUCAAAGCAGUAGGUUUAUUAGAAACAAUUGAUCUCGAAUACAAUUUACUCUCUCAAGUUGAAGUUUUAAAAGAACAAAAUGGUGGUGUAGUUCCUCCACCAAAAAUGCCAGCUAAAAGUAAUAUUGGAAACUUUCAAAUCCUUCCAGAUGGUAGAAGAGUUAUGUUGGAUCGUGUAUUUAGACCUUCUCAUAUUCUCCCAACUUUGACACCUGAACAAGCCGCUGAAAUCGAAAUGCACAAUGGUGGUAUGGUAAAAGGAAAAGGUGGUAAAGAAAGUGAAGCCCCAGAAAAAACUGAUGAACAAUUAGAUGACGAAGCUGAUGAUGACGAUAAACUCAGAGAAAAAAGAAGGUUCGAUGAUUAUAAAGAUGAUAAUGUUAGAGGUCAUGGUAAAGUAUCAUAG